UUUCCCAGGCGCGUACCUAGCCGUCGAGCUAUUUCUACUUUUAUCCGCCUUCGCAAAACCGUUUAAUUACGCAUUUUAGCAACGCUGCUUUUAUUGAACCACAAGCUUCGAUGCAUCAAUCUUCCAAAAAACAUUUUUUGGGGUGUAACAGAUAGCUGUAUUUGUCGUAAAAUCCUACGAGGACAUUCAAACGGAAGGCGCGAGCCGGUCUGACGGUUGUCAACAGAGUCCCGCGCUUUUAUUUUGAUUUAUUCUCGUUCAGGUCCCAACAAAAACACACCGCUUGGCUUUUAUAUGAAAAUAAAAUAACUGCUUUUGCGUUUUGUAAGUAAUAACCCGUGUUUUAUAUCUCAUUCUGUAAAUACAAACCCAAGAAUGGCGCAAUUCCACGAGGAUCCGGCGCUGCUCACUAAAGAGAAGCUGAAGAGCGAGUUACUGGCUAAUAACGUCCCUCUGCCCAGCGCCGACAGCAAGAAAGACGUGUAUGUGCAGCUUUAUCUGAAGAACCUGACGGCGCUCAACAAGAAGAACAUCUCUGCUCCCGCUCCGGACACUUUCUCCAGCGACGAGGAGGCGAUGACAGCGCCGCCGGUGACCAACAGCAGCCGCUCGGGGAAGAAAGCCACAAGAAAGACGGACAGAGUUCGGGCAGAAGAGAAUGACGUCUCUGGUUUGACUGAUGAAGAGUUGAAGCUUCAGCUUCUGAAGUAUGGAGUCCAUUCAGGACCAAUUGUUGCCUCUACACGUAAGCUGUACGAGAAGAAGCUCCAGCAGCUCCUGGAGCAGCCGCCGGUGGAGACCAGCCUGCCUGAACCUGAGACCACUAUCCCUGAGGCCGUCACCAUCAAAGCAGACGGAAACCAGAACGGCAACACACACUCAGCCGAAGAAGAUCAGUACAGCGACAAAGAAGAAGUUGAUCCCGUACCAGAGCCGGUUCCCGUUGUGACUAAGCUGAUCCGGAGCCGAGGAAAGACUCCAGUCACCACCAGGACCAGCAGCAGACAGCGAGCUAAACAGCAGGUGGAGGAGACGGCAACAGUCUAUGAGGAUUCAUCUGUGGAUGGAGGAGAUAUUUUAAAGGAAAUCUUCCCCAAUGAACCUGCCACUCCAACCGGAAUAACUGCCACAUGUCGGAGGCCGAUCCAUGGUGCUGCGGGCCGUCCCGUGAAGCCGAUGAACCUCUGGUCCGAGGAGCCCCUCCUGCAGCAGAACACUUACACAGUGACCAAAUCCUCCGUCACAGAUGUUCGCAGCGGAGCGUCGGCCGCCCGUCCCAAACCCCGCCGCUGGUUUGCUUUCUGGUUGAAGCUUCUGGUGUUCAUCACACUGGCUGCGUCUCUGUAUUACGCCUUCCAGAGCGUCACCGCUGAUCAGAUCAGUGCCUGCCAGCUCUAUGUCCAGGACAAUGUCAUCACGCCCAUCGUCAAUUACAUUAGCUGGGAAAGCCCAGCCGAGGGCGACGACGGCAAAUGAGCGGCCCGGUCCGUCAACCAGCUUCAGCAUGCAUCUACUGUCAGACUGAUUUUCUAGUGCUUUACGGAGCGACGCGUCGGCAGGGUUCGGGGAGGGAGGGAUUCUGGGAUUCUGCAGUUUGACCCGAGCGGUCACAUCUGAAUAGACUCGUGUUUCAAGUAGUCUUUAAACUCUGUGUGCAUUGUGUGUUUUGAUCUUGCAUUGUGAUUUUACGGUUUCGUAGCGUUCGAGGCGAUGUGGAGAAGUGUAGUAUUCGCUAAUAGUGAAUCAUUCGCCGCUCAGUGGCAUCACAACGAGAGGUGAAGUGCCAAGAUAUGGCCAACACAAGCACUAUUUGGUUUCACACACAUUGGGGCUGGAAGGAAAAGCCUGAAGAUGAAUGUUUGGGCAAAUGGUUUAUUUGAUAUCUGAAAUGUUUUCCAGAAUAAUCAUGGUGAGUUUUUUUUUUUUUUAGCACUUCUGAAUCUGACUUAAUGAAGUGUUGCUAAUGAGACCAGAGUGUGAAAAUUGUUGUAGCAUAAUAGGGUGAAUCUCAAAAAAAAAAUACGUGGAUCAUGUUUCACUAUAAAAUCCAGAGGAAAAAAAAAAUUGUAUAUU